GUGGUACCUCCAUUGCUUAGCACUCCGUAUUUAAAACGGUUGUAUCAGGAUGCAAAAUAAGCACAGAUGGAUAUCUAGCUUGUCGCAAAAGCGCUUUGUAGCUCAUGUUACAUGUUAAUGAUAUGCGACGUUAAAUAAAGCUUUCCUUUAUCUUUACUAUUUACCUUUACCUUUACUUUCAGGUGCCGAAUUCAUUAUGGCAUCCAUAAAAAACGUCAGUAUAACAAAAGGAAAAACAUACACUUUUAGACUGUAUGUUCUGCUCUAUGAUAUCGGCGGUCCAGUUCUACGUGAUUUAAUCCGUCGUUUGAUUUAUCCGGAUACACUAGAAGCGCGUCUUACUGCUAGACACUAUUAUCUGCUUGAUCUCAACACCAAAAAGAAGUUAAUAGAUGAAUACUAUCACAAAUUAUUUCCUGAUGGUAAGGCCGCUACUUCGUCCGACGUCUUUGAUCUUACUUUGCUGAUUUAUUUACUGCGAGCUGUUUGCGAUCUGAGACAUAGUUCUGAUGGCGUUUGGAGCAAGAUGCCUGCGAAUAAUGAUACUACACCUGAGGCAAAUAUCACCAGGUUGAAGCUUUAUAGGAAUGCGAUUUUUCAUGAAGCUAGCACUGACGUUUUUUCACGUGACAAUGGAUUCACUGAAGAGGAAAACUUUGCAGCUGUUUGGGAUACUGUCAAAGCGGCUAUCUUAGAUUUGGACAACGGCUCAAGUCCUGGUCUAAGAUCAAAAAUUGACAGUCUUUGUAAAGAGGCAAUUGACUCAUCUACGGAGGAGGAAUUUAGACAGGAAAAAGAGCGAUGGAGACAACAAGUACAUUGUAAGAAUAAAGGCAGUUUUGUUAAAUAUAUUUUUGAUUUAUUUGACAUAUAUAAUUACACAGGCGAGAUUGAUAAAAUUCAUAAAACCAUUGAAAGUAAAACAGAUAAACAGAUAAACAGAAAAUAA